AUGAAGGGACAAAUACUGGCCGACUUCCUAGCAGAAGUACCCGAGGACGAAGAGAGGGAACUACAAAGGUGGGAAACUUUGGAGGAAGAAGAAAGAAGGAGGGGGGACAAGGCCGUCUGGAAGUUGUUCACUGAUGGAGCAUCUAGUGAAGAAGGGAAUGGUGCAGGCAUCACGUUGAUAAGCCCCGAGGGGGUUGAGCUGACAUAUGCCAUAAGGCUGGAUUUCGAAAACACCAACAAUACCGCCGAGUAUGAAGCCCUCUUAGCAGGGAUGAGAUUGGCACAGAAGAUGAAAGCAAAACACGUGGAGGCUGGUACCGAUUCACAGUUGGUGGUAAAGCAGUAUCAGGGGGAAUAUGAAGCCAAGGAUGGCGUCAUGGCUCGGUAUGUGGCGAAAGUUAAGGAGACAGCUAAGGCAUUCGGAACCUUCAAACUGGAAUACAUCCCUCGAGGGAGGAACAGGAAGUCUGAUGCACUCAGCAAGCUAGCUUCAGUAGCAUUCGACCACCUCGCGAAGGAGGUCAAAGUAGAGGUCCUGACGUCCCCCUCCCUGGACGUAACGGAAGUGGCCACAAUCGAAGGUUCCCAAGAAACAUGGAUGACCCCGAUCAUUAAAUUCCUCCGGGACGGGACCUUACCUGAGGGGGAAUGGGCGGCCAGAAAGGUAAGAGUCAAAGCCCUGCAAUAUGAACUGAUUGGGGAAGAGCUAUACCGAAGGUCGUACCUGGGUCCAUCCCUAAAGUGCAUAGACAUGGAAGAGGCCGAAUAUGUGAUCAGGGAAAUGCACGAGGGAAUCUGUGGGAUGCACUCAGGACCAAGAACGGUUGUAAGAAGGGCAAUGAACGCAGGAUUCUACUGGCCACGAAUAUAUGGGGUCCCAAAGGAACUGGUGAGUGACAACGGUGUACAAUUCGCCGGAAGACCCUUCAAGCCGUGGUGCGAGCAGAUGAGGAUUCAACAAGUGUUCACCUCUGUAACCCAUGCCCAGAGUAACGGAUUGGUAGAGAGAGCCAACCAAAGCGUUAUCAAAGGAAUAAAGGGCAGGCUUGGGAGGAAACAGAAGGGCUGGCUGGAAGAACUUCCAUUUGUGUUAUGGGCAUACCGAACCACCCCCAAAAGUUGCAAUGGGGAGACCCCAUUCAGCCUUACCUACGGGACAGAAGCCAUGAUCCCUGCAGAGAUCGGAUCCCAAACCGCCCGGAUGAAGCUGAGGGAUGAGGAGAACGAGCAGGAUCUAAGAAUGAACCUGAACUUAUUGGAAGAAAGAAGAGAGAUAGCAACGGUGAAGGAAGCUCACUACAAAAAACUCCUGGCAAGUUACUACAACACCCGGAUGAAGAAGCUCAACCUCGUCCCAGGGGACCUAGUUCUUAGAGCCAAUGAGGCCAGUCUGCAGGAAAAUACCGGGAAGUUGGGCCCCAACUGGGAAGGCCCCUAUAGAGUCACAUGGGCAAACGGGAAUGGAACGUGCAAGUUGGAGACUUUAGAGGGAAAAGAGGUCCCCAGGACCUGGAACUUGAUGCAGCUCAGGAAGUAUUACAUGUAA